AGAUUUGCAUUUUAAAUAUAACGGUGAUAUGUUUGCUGUUUAUUAAUUAGAAAUGACGAGUCGAAAUAUAUCUUUGUUGAUAUGGUGUGAUGGCCGUAUUGUGAGUUCUCCGUGUGGAAUAGAAUACCACGGGGGUCGUCCGGUUAAUAUGGCGCUUAGCGAGAGAAUGAGUUUCGAAGAAUUACAAAAUAUUUGUAGAAGAGCAGUUUCUACCGACGGGGAAGUAGAAAUUUCAAAAAUCUACUUCCGGCUUCCAAGAAUAGUUGAGGGUGCGAUACGGUCGUACUCGUUGUUUUCUGUGGAGAAUAACGAGCAUGUGUUUGGAAUUCUGAACGAGGUCGUGCGGUAUCCGCAACUGGAGAUUUUGGAAUUGUACGUGGAAUACGAGGCCGUGGUUCGCAACAAAACUUUACUGGAUCAGUUGGUCUUAGGUGAUUCAAGCGGGUCUGAGAGGGGUAGUGGUGAAGAGGAAGAAGAGGAUUUCUACGACAGCAACAAAGAGGAUGUCGAGGAAGACUUAGAAGCAGAUUCACAAUAUGAGUCGCAACUUCCUGAGCAUGUAAGAACGGCGGAUCUUUGCGACUUUGACGUCGCCCCGGAGGCUGAUGAAAAGAUUAUGUGGGAUCCUGGGAUGGAAUUCCGAGUAAGGAUGGUAUUCCCAAAUCGCGAUGCCGUCCGAGCUUGUGCGACUACUUAUUCGGUCGGGGUGGGAAGGGAGUUCAAGGGUCACCGGACUACCAACUCCACAAUAGUGUUGGCUUGUAGGCAGAACCCUGUAUGUAAAUGGUGGCUGCGCGCUACACUUCUGCAAGCAACUCAGACGUGGACGUUGACAAAAUAUAUUGGCCCGCACACGUGCAAUCAGCUGUUACCUGAUCCAAACCAUCGGAAUUUUGGGUCUGUUGCAAUCGCAGACUAUAUCAAGGGUCAAGUAAAGCUGCAACGUGAUAUACGGAUCGAUACCCUCAGAGCUGGAAUUUGGCAACAAUAUGGAGUUAGGCCUCCGUAUAAACGAACCUGGAAUGCAAAGGAAAAGGCAAUAGCUGAUGUUUACGGUGGCUGGUAUGAAUCAUUUGCUAUGGUUCACAAGUUCAUGAACGAGAUGAUGCAUGUCAACCCUGGAUCUUUCUGGGAUGCAGAAGGCGCUGAGGUGUACACUGACGGGAUCCUUCAGCUGAAAGUCGUAACGUUCAUCCGAAUGUUCUGGACUUUCAAACCGACAAUUGAAGGGUUUCGUUUUUGCAAGCCAGUUUUGUUCGUCGACGGUACUCAUUUGUAUGGCAAAUACAAAAUGACCUUGUUGAUCGCGUCGGCAAUCGAUGGGAACAGUCACAUCAUGCCACUGGAUUUGAACAGUGGCCACUUGGGCGUGAGGAUUCUUCCGAAUCUGGCGGAUUUAGGCCGCUUGCGCGAUAUCAGCUGGGGAUCGGCGGUUCUGGCGUAUUUGUACCACGAGCUAUGCCUCUGCGCCGCUGCUUCGGCGAACAGACAAAACAUCGGGGGCGCUGUGUGGAUUCUACAGCUCUGGGCUUACGAGCGACUUCGGCCAUUGCGACCCCGUUUGGCCGACUUUGAUGUCACGGGGGGAUUGCCUUUGGGUGACAGAUGGGGGGGUCCCAGACAGCGGGAGCGGGGGACACGACGAGUUCCCAGACACUCAGUUUCUCACUUCAGACUGCUAUUGGACGGGCUGCGUUACGACGAUAUCGUUUGGCAGCCAUACUCCGACGACGUUCUCCAGUCCAUCCCACAGAUCUACCUGACAGGGCGACAUAUUUGGCGUGCCCGAGUGCCAAUGAUCUACUAUCACACCGUCGAGUGA